UAAUUUUUAUUUUAAAUAAAGCUCAUGAAAAAUGUACCGGGGUCAUUUUUGCAUUUUCUAAAAACGAUCGGGUUUUAUUUAAACAUUCAUACUCAACUUCAUCGGGGUUUUUAAGCCUCCUCAAAUUUCCACAAUACGACGACGCUUCUCUCGCCGUCGCCGGCGACAAACACUUCCAUCUUGUAUAAGGUAGGUCUAAUCACUCAUUAUCUCCUCACUUCUAUCAGUUUAAGUUUUAUCUUUGAUCCUUGGUACAAUUUUCCAGAAAUAUUUAUUUGUCCAAAUUCAAGAGAGAGAGAUGAGCUUGUUUCAAAGAUGGGCUUACAUAGUAAAAGAAGCACUUGACAAAAGCUUUUCAGUUGCCAAAUUCUUCUGUGCAAUUCAUGUCACCAAUACCUACCUCUUCUCCACUGCUAUGGUCCAAGGUCCUAGCAUGCUCCCCACUUUCAACCUCAACGGUGAAAUUGUCCUACUUGACAGAAUCUCAACCCGAUAUGGCAAAGUGGGCCCCGGUGAUGUCAUCAUAGUCCGGUCACCUGAAACUCCAAGAAAAGUUGUCACCAAGAGAAUUAUUGGCAUGGAAGGUGACACUAUCACCUACAUUGUGGACCCCACAAAUAGCGAUAGAACCGAAACCAUAGUUGUUCCAAAAGGACAUGUUUGGGUUGAAGGGGAUAACAUUUAUAAUACUUAUGAUUCAAGGAAUUUUGGACCUGUUCCUUAUGGACUUCUUCAAGGCAAGGUUUUUUGGAAGAUAUGGCCCACUAGUGCAUUUGGAUCAAUUGGGAGGAGACCACAAAUUGGUGACCCUGCCUUUAAGGUUGUGGAGCAGUGACACAUUUAUGACUUUUAAAAUGAUGAAGUUUUAUUGACACAAUUCUUCAAGGAGUUCUUUUUUAAAUAACUUUUUUGAGCUACAAAUGGAGCAUCAUUUGUUUGUUGUUGGGGCAAAUUUAAUAUAGCACGUGUCAUAUUUGGGAAUAAUGCAAAUUGGGCUUAUGAAUGUACUGAAAGAAACAAAGGGCAUCUAUGUUUUUUGCACAAACAUUAAGAUUAGAUAGGUUGUUCCUUAAAAAUAAGGUAGGAUAAAAAGAUUAUAAUUUUGUUUGCUAUGACAACGAAGAAUCGAAGGACUUUGAAUUUGAGCUUA